GCGAAAUCUCAUACUUUCGAUGAUUCUGCUAUUUUUCGGAAUCAGUUCUCAAAAUUGUUUCUAUUGAUGUGCAGCAAAAUGAGCGCCUUACGUAGUGGACUGCGAGGGGUACAACAACAUAGUGCUAACGACACCGAUGCUAUGCUUCAAACGGCACCGACUUUAGGAAGUGGUAAUCUUCAUGACGUCGUACGCUUGCCUAACGGAGAAGAUCUCAACGAAUGGCUUGCUGUUAAUAUUAUGGACCUUUUCAAUCAAGUACGCAUGUUAUAUGGAACUAUCACAGAUCAGUGCACUAACGAAAGUUGUCCUCAAAUGACGGCUGGAGCUACACAUGAGUACUUUUGGACUGAAAAUGACAGAAUAAUUCCCUGCUCGGCCUCAGUAUACAUUGAUUAUGUAAUGACUUGGGUGCAAGAUCAACUUGACGAUGAGGGCGUGUUUCCUUCUCAGAUCGGUAGAGCGUUUCCUCGGAACUUCAUAGAGGUCUGCGAGGGUAUAAUGCGUCGCCUCUUCCGGGUAUAUGCUCAUGUCUAUGCCUGUCAUGCCGCUCGUUUCAACGAAUUGAAUGCUACACCUCAUCUCAACACUUCCUUCAAACAAUUCAUACUCUUCGCCAGACAGUUUCAACUGAUACCUGGUAGAGAACUUGAGCCACUAAGAUCAAAAAUUGACGAGAUAAUAGGCUCAUCUUGAUCUGGUCAGACCGAUCGCCACGUUCCAGUUUACGCUCUAUAAGGGUGCUUUCAUGUUUGCUCAUAAUAUACCUACAAAGAGACUGGAUUGAAUUCUGUGAUACCUUUUCAUAAAUGUGUAUGUCAUGGA